AGUUGAAGUUCCAAAUUACUUAUUUCUUAUCUGCGCACGGGCACUUGAGUUUGGCCCAGGUUUUAUGCCUACUUUUACUGAAUUGUUAGGAUGUACAGGAGGUAGGAGACUUGAAGCAGAGCAAGGCAUCAUGGAAAUUAUCCACGAAGGAUUCUUGGUGAAAUCUCCACCGGAGAAAAAACUUCAGGCGAAAAUUGUUGGCAUCAAAAUCCCAGAGAAGCUUCGACCUAAAUGGCAACGAAGAUACUUCAUUCUAUACAAACCCUCUGGGAGUCUUCCGGGACACUUCGCACUUGACUACUAUAAAGACAAAACACGGAAGAAACAAUAUGGCAGUAUCGACCUUGAACAAUGCGAGCAGGUCAUCGCAUCUUUAGACUCAACGGAAUAUUGCUUUUUAUUUUCUAUUAAAAGUGUGCAUCGCAAUAAAAACCGGACUUAUUUCUUGGCCGCGGAAACUGAAGCAGAAAUGAAUGAGUGGGUUAAUCGGCUGUGCUGUGUAUGUGGCUUAAAGGAAGAUGAUGAAGAAGAGAUUCCUGGUGCAACAGAUAUCUCCAUGGUGCACAACCAGUCACCCAGUCUACCACCUCCAACACCGCCUGAAAGAAACGACUCAUACGGCAUCACAAGCCAAAAUCACCGUGACCAUCACUCACCUCAACCACAUGAUAUCUCAAUAUCACCAGAUACAUUUCGUGAGCAGGCACCAUAUACGAGUCAACAGAGCCUGAGUGAUCUGAGCGCGACAAGUGGGGUUAGUGUAUUCCGAGAUGAAUCGGACGAGCAAACCUCGCCCGAUAAUAUUUCGGAAAAGUCAAAGGAGGGAUAUAUUCACUUAGAUGAGUGUUAUAGUGGAAAUAAAGACAAACCAGACGUUACAGAUCUUGGAAGGGGGGGUAAGUUUGGUAAAUCCAAGAGCCAGGAAAGUAUACCCGAAUCCCCACCCCCACCACCGCCAUUGACGCCAAAACAAUCUUUCCGCUUAGAACAGCCUGCGGGUCUUGUUGCCAGCUCCCCUAGUGGGGGAACUAUGUACCAACAAAAUGAGCGGGAAUUGCACAUACAGCCGGAGAAUACAUAUAAGGUGCCAAAAAAGACAGCUGAGGAGAAUGUUUUUACAUACUCCACGUAUAACAUGCCUCGUACGAGUCACGUAGCUCACAAUAAACCCAAUAGAGGGACUAUGGACUCUAUUUAUGAUGUCCCGCCAACUGGGUCAGCUCAAAAACAUGGUAGUGUAUAUGAUCUACCCCCAAAUCAUUCCACUGCUGCACGUAUGACUUAUGAUUCGCCCCCUGGGACGAAAUCUGUUUACAAAUCAACAUAUGAUACUCCGCCUCGGAGCACUUAUGAUACACCUCCUAGAAGUACUUAUGAUGCAGAAGCACCGAGAAGUACUUAUGACAUGCCCCCAAGAAGUACAUAUGACACACCCCCACCCCCAAGGAAUACCCCACAGAGAGCCAUGACUCAAGGGUCAGUCUAUGACACACCACCCUCAGGUCAUACACAACGUAAUAUAGGGUCAUUCCAGCCUACAAGUAUGUAUGAUAUUCUCCCCCCAACUGACAACAACAGAAAAACAAGACCUGUUAGCGAUGAUGAUAUAUAUCAAGCCCCGCCAAAUAAUGAACCUAUAUCAGACGAUGUCUAUAUGGCACCACCAUCAAAUCAGCCAUUAAUUGGUGGCUCCCCCUAUAAUAGAGACUCUGGGUCAUCGACAAGUAGUCAUAACAAGCCAAUUGAUCAAGGAUAUGCUACGGAUGAUAUAUACGAUCCUGUACCUACACACUACUCCCCUAAGGAGAUUGAACGGUCAUUUCGAGAACUUGAAAUUACGAGAAAGAGAAAUAGUGAUCGAGCAAGUGAACAGGAUAUAUAUGAUAUCCCUCCGACUUCUGGUCACCAGUUUGUUGAUUCACCUGUUCCUAGACCAAGAAACUCCAAAUAUGGAGAAAGUAGUGGCCCGCCAUCUAUCAAUCGUGGUACAAAACCACCCUCAAUGUCAUCUGUAUAUUCGCCAUCAUCCGAAUCACCCUCAUUUUACUCGGUAACACCUGAAUCGCCUGAUUUUGAAGGUCAAGGAGAAUUUGACGAGAUAUAUUCUAUCCCAAAACAACUCGAAAACAAAACAGAAUCUGGACAGGAUAUUAAUAGGAAUCAACUGUUACUCAAAACUCUCCCACCUCCCUCCCCUUGUCAAACUGUAGUGCAUAAAUAUGUGAAUGCAUCCAGUGGGGUUGUCCCGAGCCCGAACCCAGACUUAGCCAAUAGCAAAGGAGGCUUUGAUGAUAUUCUCAAUUCGACGUUACCCGCUCCUUGUCCCGGAGGUAGCGUGAAACAUUCUUAUAUAAACGCAGCCACUGGAUUUGUUCAAUCUCCUGGUUUCAUCCAGUCACCUUCCCUCGCCAAAAAUGACGAUGAUAUGUAUCUUCCAAUGGGAACAGGGAACACUCUCGAUCAAGCAGUUCCCGUCCAAUCACAAGGCAGAGAAUUAGGUCUCGAUUACAUGACUUCUGACCCUGACCAAGUGGAGUAUUUAAAUCUGAGUGAAUCAGUUUCGGGAAAAGACCACACAUUAACAAACCACCCACAAGGUAGUGGAUGGAACUCACCCACAGGUGCGGGAACACCGCCACCACGUAUCGACAGAAAUCUUAAACGCAAAAAUCCACAAAACAUGAGCCCAUCACAAAGACGUCAAAACGUGAGGAGUAUUACAGAGGAAGUCUUUUCAAUCAAAUCAAGAGAUACAUCAAAGAGUUUCCGCAAGAAUAAACCAAGUGUACCCGUUCCUCAGAUUCCACCAUCAAAUAACAGGAUUGUACUGCCCUCAAAAAUGCAUCUAACCAAUGAUGAAUCCAGUUCAGAAUCGGACGAUGAAAGUUCCAGCGUUGGAAGUGGUCGCUCCUCUGAUCCAUCCUCGUAUGAUAUUGGGUCCAGAUCAUCACCAUUACUGCCAGGUUCCCGCACCGCCCCUCAGGGGGAGGUACAAUACCUAGAUCUCGACCUGUGCCAGGAGGCACUAGACUCCCACUCCCCUAAACUCCACACCCGCUCCCCACCCCUAGUGAGUCCCCCGGAGAAAGUUGAGUAUAAAGAAAUUGACUUUGUAAAAACUGAAGGUUUGAAAGAAACCAUGAGGACUCUGCAAAAUGAAAGAAAAAGUGAGGGGUAAGAAGAGGAUACAUGGAGGAUAAUGGAGAAUAGCUAAAAAUCAUGGAAAUAUUUUAUGAUGUAGGAUCACAUCAGAACUCUGGCAUAGUAUGUUUUUGAUCACAUGUCAGAAUGGAUGAGGAUACAAUGAGGAAAGCCAGACCUGCACAUGGGGCAAUGUGUUACAAAUACUAGCUCGUAUUGCUGUUACAAUGGAUAUAAGAAAACAGUGGACUUCAAAUUCUUAACAUGACAAUAGCUAGUGACUUCUUCAUUAGUAAUUGCUAAGACUUUCGAUGAAUGAAUCGCAAAACUUCCAAAUAGGGUGGGACAGCCAUUGGUCAGGCCUGUGAGGUCAAUACCUGCGGGCACCCACCCCAAGAGCCGCCUGACCCACCCCUAGUAACUAUCAUUUAUUUUGAGCCAUCAUAGCCUCAUAUUUUGUCAGAUGUAGUUUAUUAAACUCAAUGUUAAUGUAUGUAAAUAUGUACAAAAAGACAGUGGAUUAUUACAAUACUGUAACUUGAGUUAAUUUGAUGCUAUUUAGUUUGGCAAAUUUUCAGAUUUUUGGCAUUUGGUACCCAUGUUAUUUUGAAGUUUUGGCUCCAUUCAGGUUCUGCAUUUCUAAUCAUACGAAAUUCUCCCAUCAGUUCAGCUGCACAAUUAAGCAAUUUAUUGUAACUUCUUCAGGCUUCCAGCACUGUAUGUAAGGAAGAUUUUUUCUUUCAACAUCAUUCAUGUCGUGUCUCACUGGGAUUUAUCGAAAAUCUUGUGAAGGUGUACUUGUAAAUUGUCAAAUUUUGCAAAUUCGCUAAAUUAAACGGGCACCAAAUUGACCCAUGUUACAGUAUCAGUAGCCAGAAUUGAAAAUAAACAUUUAUUUAUAUAAAAUCUAUACUUGCACCCAAGGUGCAUUAUUUACACUGCCUGUGGUAAAAUAUGCUGUUAUACGAGGGGUGGUCAAUAUUGUCUGAUAUAAAGAUGAUGGAGAAAUAGAAGUACUUUUAUCAGAAUAUAUGGAUUGCCCCUUGUAUAGUCCACUUAGUUUAGAAACAGUGUUGAAAAUAACCUCUUAGACAAGAGAGAGAAUGGCCAUAUCUAUUAUUAGUGUAUUAUCUAGUGAUUUAAGAUUAAAUUCCAUGCUCCUGACUUUUUUAUGACACAUGGCGUGCUGCGGUGACAUUCGGUAGCCUAUCUGUAAAAAAGUAAAAAAUGGCAGGUUGUGCCAUAUUGCCUUGUCUGAAAUAGUAGGUGACUGAUAUGUAAAUAUUAAAAAUAGCAUAAUAUAUAAAUAUUCAGCCAAGCUAUAUUUGAUUUGGUUACAAUUGUUUCCUUAAAAAUAAUGGUUGGUAUGGUUACUUGUGGUAAAAUAAAAAUAAAUGAAAAGUGAAACUGUAAGGCCCAGAUUUACUAGGAAAAUCAUCGAUCGUUAUAUUUAAUCUAGUGAUAAAUGAAAAGUGAAACUGUAAGGCCCAGAUUUACUAGGAAAAUCAUUGAUCGUUAUAUUUAAUCUA